CCCUAUGCCAUUUCAAAUUCAAAACACAAAAUCUCAGUGUCUGUGCCUGAAAAUGAAAUUACUAUAACAAAGCCCAACACUCACCAAGUAAUCUCUCUGUCUCAUCAUUUUAUCAGAAAAUGACCAGUUCCAAGAACUCAUCACCCCAGAAUCAGUCUUACCACAACUCCCUCCAUGUCAACGACCCCAAAAACAGCCCCAGCUGCAGGGACAAGCCCAUCUCUGACAACAAAGAGAAUGUCAUCUUUGGUGGUGAUGACAACAAAGAGAACAUUGAAGCACCCACAAACGGUUGUAAACGGACUCCUCUGGUCCAGAAAUCUUUAUCCACUAAUGGGUCUUUUACUUUGGCCAGAGAGCCUUCCAAUUUCAAAUCUUUGUCGACUGGCAGAGUCUUGAAGCCUUCUUCCCUUCAGCUCUGUAUGCAAAUGAAUGAGCCUGAUAAGGAGGCUUUUGGGUCCAAAAUCUGGGACCCCGUAGAGUCGGAGAACUCUACUUCUUUGAAAAUUUGGGAUUAUUCCGAUUCCGAGGCUGCUCCAGCUUCUUCUUGGUCAACACUGCCUAAUAGGGCUUUGUUGUGUAGGACAUUACCAGUGGACAUUGGGAGAUGUACAUGCCUUAUUGUGAAGGAGGCAUCGCCUAAAGGGUUAGAUGGGAGUACUCUUUAUUCACUUUACACAAAUGAAGGUCAAGGACGACAGGAUCGGAAACUAGCUGUAGCCUUUCACAAGCGGCGUAAUGGGAAGUCGGAAUAUGUUAUAGCUCAGAAUGCAAAGGGAAUAUAUUCAAGUUCAGAUGAUAGUUAUAUGGGGAAUGUAACCUCAAACCUUGUGGGCUCAAAGUACUAUAUAUGGGAUCAGGGAAGCCGUGAAAAUUCCCCAAUGAAACAGUCUAAUCCACUAGCUGUUGUAAAGUUCAUGCCAACGAUAGCUACCUGGACUGGAAGUCACAGAAACAUGACAGUGUAUGUACCUAAGCAGCAAUCAAUGCAACUAAAGAAUGCAACUCAGACGCAACACGUUGGCAGACUGCCUGAGGACUGGCAGAGCAGAGUGGAAAGAGUGCAUAAGCUGUUUUCAAGAAUACCGCAAUACAAUAGUGGUUCUAAACAAUAUGAGUUGGACUUCAGAGAUAGAGGAAGAGCUGGACUUAGAGUCCAAAGAUCAGUUAAAAAUUUCCAGUUGACAUUGGAGGAGAAUGGAAAGCAGACAAUUCUGCAGCUCGGAAGGGUUGACAAAACCAAGUUUGUGAUGGAUUUCAGAUAUCCUUUAACAGGUUACCAAGCAUUUUGCAUAUGUUUAGCUUCGAUCGAUUCAAAGCUUUGCUGCACACUAUAACUAUAAGCUACCUAGAUCCAACUGCAGUUUCAACCUUAAGUUGCUAAGUUCUGUUCUUGCAUGUGCUUACGGCCCCUCAGCUGAAGUACAGAGGUACCAUUUUUGUAUCAAUGCAAGCUCUGUAAUCAAAAUGUAAUGCACUGGAGGUACUGGCUUGCACCUCUACCACUAGAUAU